AUGGUUGUUUGUGCAACUAAUGCAGGAACAUCAGCUGUAAUCACAAAGAAAAGAGGCAAAGGUGAUAUCAUUACAAUUCCAGAAAUUAUUGAACGCUAUAGGAAAUUUAUGAGAGGUAUUGAUAUGUUCGACCAAAAUAUGACUUAUUAUUCAUACCCUCAUAGAACAAUCAAAUGAUGGAAAAACUGUUUUUUUUAUUUUCUUGAGAUAGCACUGAAUAAUUCAUAUAUUCUAUAUAAAAAUCGCAUGAUUUCAUUGAAUCAAAAAUUUUUAUCAUAUGAUAAAUACCGCAUUCAAAUCGCAGUUUCUUUGUGCGAAAAAAGCAAAGCUAGAAGAGAAAAUAAAACUGUAAUAAAUCAAGCAAUUUCAGGAAUUCAUUGGAUAAUAAAAAUUGAAAAUACAAAAGAAUGCAUUGGAUAA